CAUCACCACCAAGAGUGUGUCCAGGUACCGGGGGCAGGAGCACUGCUUGCAUCCCAAGCUGCAGAGCACCAAGCGGUUCAUCAAGUGGUACAAUGCCUGGAAUGAGAAGCGCAGGGUCUACGAAGAAUAG